AUCACAAGGAAGUCUUGGUUUAAAAAGAAACAGAAACAUACACAGGGGGUUGGUGAAUGGUGCCGACCGCGGCCAUCGCAGUUGGAGGCUAUUUUUGUGGGGGGUGAGUAGCGUCCAUGGAGUUACUUUGCGCCCACUCCUAGCGGCACCGGCUCGGCUCUGGCGAGCUGACCGUCCCCAGCAGGGGCGCGGGGCCGGGGACGCCGCAGGCCGGGCCACCUCCCUCGCCACGACCCCGGAUGGAUGUGCGCCCCCCGCCCUCCCUCCCGCGCCGGCCCCAGGAGCUCCUGGUUUCGGGAGCAUCCUUCCCGCGCCGGCCCCCGCCGCGGCGCGUAGCCGAGGGCAGCGCCCCUCGGGAGGGCACCGCGGAGCAAGAUGGAAGAGAAGAGACGAAAAUACUCCAUCAGCAGUGACAACUCUGACACCAGUGACAGUCACGCUACAUCUACGUCAGCAUCAAGAUGUUCCAAACUGCCCAGCAGCACCAAGGCGGGCUGGCCCCGGCAGAAAGAAAAGAAGCCCUCGGAGGUUUUCCGAACAGACUUGAUCACGGCCAUGAAGAUUCCCGAUUCCUACCAGCUCAGCCCGGAUGACUAUUACAUCCUGGCAGACCCGUGGCGACAGGAGUGGGAGAAGGGUGUGCAGGUGCCCGCCGGCGCAGAGGCCAUCCCAGAGCCCGUGGUGAGGAUCCUCCCACCACUGGAAGGCCCCCCUGCACAGGUGUCCCCAAAUGACUCUGCCCUUGGUGAGGGGUCCCAGCCCACUUGGCCCGGGGGCAGCCGCUAUGACCUGGAUGAGAUUGACGCCUACUGGCUGGAGCUCAUCAACUCGGAGCUCAAGGAGAUGGAGAGGCCCGGGCUGGAUGAGCUGACGCUGGAGCGUGUGCUGGAGGAGCUGGAGACUUUGUGCCACCAGAACAUGGCACGGGCCAUCGAGACUCAGGAGGGGCUUGGCAUCGAGUAUGACGAGGACGUCGUCUGUGACGUGUGCCGCUCCCCUGAGGGUGAGGACGGCAACGAGAUGGUCUUCUGUGACAAGUGCAACGUCUGCGUGCACCAGGCAUGCUACGGGAUCCUUAAGGUGCCCACGGGCAGCUGGCUGUGCCGGACAUGUGCCCUGGGAGUCCAGCCAAAGUGCCUGCUCUGCCCCAAGCGAGGAGGAGCCUUGAAGCCCACCAGAAGUGGGACCAAGUGGGUGCACGUCAGCUGCGCCCUCUGGAUUCCUGAGGUCAGCAUUGGUUGCCCUGAGAAGAUGGAGCCCAUCACCAAGAUCUCGAAUAUUCCAGCCAGCCGCUGGGCUCUGUCCUGCAGCCUAUGCAAGGAGUGUACAGGCACCUGCAUCCAGUGUUCGAUGCCUUCCUGUGUCACAGCUUUCCACGUCACCUGCGCCUUUGACCACGGCCUGGAGAUGCGGACUAUAUUAGCAGACAACGACGAAGUGAAGUUCAAGUCCUUUUGCCAGGAGCACAGCGACGGGGGCCCACGGAGCCAGCCGACAUCUGAGCCCUUGGAGUCCAGCCAGGCUGUGGAGGACCUAGAAAAGGUGACCCUGCGCAAACAGCGGCUGCAGCAACUGGAGGAGGAUUUCUAUGAGCUGGUGGAGCCCACCGAGGUGGCGGAACGGCUGGACCUGGCCGAGGCCCUGGUUGACUUCAUCUACCAGUACUGGAAGCUGAAGAGGAAAGCUAAUGCCAACCAGCCGCUGCUGACACCCAAGACUGACGAAGUGGACAACCUCGCCCAGCAGGAGCAGGAUGUCCUCUACCGCCGCCUGAAGCUCUUCACACACCUGCGGCAGGACCUGGAGAGGGUUAGAAAUCUGUGCUACAUGGUGACGAGGCGCGAGAGAACCAAGCACGCCAUCUGCAAGCUCCAGGAGCAGAUAUUCCACCUGCAGAUGAAACUGAUCGAGCAGGAUUUGUGUCGAGAGCAAGCUGGGAGGAGAGCAAAGGCCAAGAAGAGCGACUCCAAGAGGAAAGGCCGCGAGGCUCCCAAGGGCAGCAGCCCGGAGAAGAAGGAGAAAGUGAAGGCCGGCGCUGACUCUGUUCUGGGGCAGCUGGGCCUGUCCACCUCGUUCCCCAUCGACGGCACCUUCUUCAACAGCUGGCUGGCGCAGUCGGUGCAGAUCACAGCGGAGGACAUGGCCAUGAGCGAGUGGUCACUGAACAAUGGGCACCGCGAGGACCCCGCCCCGGGCCUGCUGUCAGAAGAGCUGCUGCAGGACGAGGAGACGCUGCUCAGCUUCAUGCGGGACCCUUCUCUGCGACCCAAUGACCCCUCCCGGAAGGCCCGAGGCCGCACCCGCCUGCCUGCCAAGAAGAAACCCCCGCCCCUGCAGGAUGGACCUGGCUCACGGACGACUCCCGAAAAGCCCCUCAAGAAGCCCUGGAGCCAGGAUGCAGGCAGCGGCAAGGCGGGGCAAGGGCCACCGACUAGGAAGCCACCACGGCCGACGUCUUCUCACUUGCCAUCCAGCCCUACAGCUGGAGACUGUCCCGUACCAGCAGCCCCUGACAGCCCCCCGCCACUGGUCCCCGAGAUCCCGGACGAGGCAGCCCCAGCAGCUGCCGACUUGAAUGUCCAAGUGCCUGGCGCUGUGGUGAGCCCCAAGUCCUUGGGCCAGCUCCGGCCAGCCCGUGAGAGCAAGGUCACCCGGAGAUCGCCGGGUGCUGGGACAGGACCGCCUUCUGCUCUGGCCGAGAGGCCAAAGGUCAGCCUACACUUUGACGCAGAGGCUGACGGCUACUUCUCUGAUGGGGAGAUGAGCGACUCGGAUGUAGAGGCAGAGGACAGUGGGGUGCAGCAGGAUUCCCGGGAGGCGGGGGCUGAGGAGGUGGUCCGCAUGGGGGUGCUGGCCUCCUAACUCACCCCUAACCCUGCCCCAGGCCCUGCCCUGGUCCCCCACAAGGCCUCAGCCCAGUCACAACUGCCAUUUCCAGUCUCUGCUGAGUGUCCCAGACCCUCGUGGUUUUAUUUUUAAUAGAGAGUUCCGAAUUCCACUCUGUUGUCUUUCCUCUGUGCUGGCCUAGGAUGUUAGGAUUCCUUCUGCGGCUCUGGCCACAAGGACCGUACCAGGUCCUGCGCGCCACCCCUGCGGUGACCUCUGCAGCAUUGCUGGGCUUCUGGCUAGAUGCAGGCAAGGUGGAGAAGAGCUCAGGACUCCCGCCCGCUGCCACUGGGCGACUUGGACUGUCGUUUGGGCAUUAUUUCCUGGCAGACGGGCCAGCCCGGGGCCUGUCCCACCCUGACCCCUGCUCCUCUAGGGCCCUUUGCGGGGUGGGGGUCCUGCUGCACCUCCCCUGAUCCCCGAGGAAGUAUAAUAAGCGACACCCAGCCAGAGCCCGCUCACUGUCACAAGCACAACGAGUUAAUACAAGAAAGCACUGAGGGUGCAGGGGGCCGCCCACCCUGACCAGCCCGUACCACCCCGCCACCUCUCCCUUGCUGCUCUGCCCCUGCCAGUGCCCGGCCCAGCGGCUCUGGGACGGGGUUCCCAGAAUCCUUCCUGAGCUGUGCCAUUUACUCAGGGGACUCCCACACAGCCAGCCACCCAUGCAGGUGGAGGACUCCAAGGGAGGGCCAGUGCCCAGCAGGGGCGUGGGGCCCAGACCAGCCCCUGCCGAGAAUUACUCUGGGGUCCAACUUCCUUCCCUUCUCCCUGUAUCCCUCCCUUCCUUUCUUGGGGCCAGUCUUGGCUGAAGUCUGGUCACUCUCACACAGAACUGGCCUGGCCAGACCAGACCGUUUGCCUUUUCAAGUUCCUAGUCCUGCUAAGAGAUGAGCUUCCUUGGUUUCCUUGUGGAAACGCCUCCUUCCAACAAGCAGUGGGAUCCCGGGGCCCAGGGCAGGCCACUUCUGGCCUGCUGGGUUGAAGUUUUGCUGGAUGUUCCUGUGUCCUUUUGUCCCUCAGAGCCUUAACCUCCCUCUCCCGGCCACGCCAUCCCUCCCCUCCCCACCUCGAGGUUCUAGGUAGUUAUUCAGAAGAGUUUCAGUGGAGUAGCCCCAGGGUGAUAGCUCAGGGAACAAACUAAAAAGGAAUUCCAUGAAAACGUUGGGAUUUUGUUGUUGUUGUUAUGUUGUUUUUUUUUUUCUUGUACGAAUUACACCUGGGUCACUUCCACCACUGGUAAAGCCAGAACUUCUCCAACAAGAACCUUGCAAAAGUCCAGUGAAUCAGUCGAAUCAUUCUAUGGAUGCCAAAGAAUACUCUGACCCUAAUACAGCACAGCCUGGACCUGACAACUUGUCGCUUGGACUUUUUUUUUUUUUUUUUUUUAAUGGAGUUCUUUAGCAACAAAGUACAGGAAUAACCGUUCAUUGCGCACACUGGCGGAGGAGAGCUCCAGGUCCUGGAGCAGGAGGAGGAGGAGGAGGCUUGGCUGCCACCAUCGGUGCACGGUUCCCAGGGGCUGGCUUCCAGACUCUGGGCUGGGCCACUGUGGGACACCAAUCCUGUCAACUCAGACUCCGGGGGAUGCCCCGACUGAAACCAGCAUGGAAAGCAUCUCUCCCAUGUGGUUCCCCCACCCUGUGCAGAUACAAGAGCAAAUAAACCCGAUGGGGACCAGCUUGACCUUCAUCCACCCCCAGCUCCGAAACUUAUCCAAGGUACGACAGUGGUAUUGUCAUUGGUUUCAUGUGAAUUUUAGCAAAACCAGAAACAAAGAUGGUGACUUCAGUUUCAAAGGAUUGGACUAAUCUGUCUAAUCCGAGUGAGUGGACUCCACGGGAGCAGGAUGCCCCGAGGGUCCUGGGCAUGGGGAUGGCAUGAGCUACCACAUAGACUUAGGCUGCCUGCCCGCCCGCCUUGGUAGUAGUGACAGUGCAGUGUCAGUGUCAGCUUCCCGACCCCAGUCUCUGUUUACUGGCUUUGGGAGACCUCCUUCCCUGUGCUUCGGGUCACCUUGGGUCGCGCCCCUCUCCCUGCUGGAUUGCCUGGGCUCGACCUGCGGCCAGCAAAGGGAUACGCUGAAAGAAGAACCAAACCCCGCCGGCUGGGGGUGGCGCACUGGCCAGGCUCAGGGUUCACCUGUCCGGGCGCUCACCCUGUGCCCCUGUGCCCCUGUGCCCCUCCACCCCUCCGCUGCAUGCUGCGGCAGGGCUGGGCUGUGUCGGAGGAACUGGGAGAAUCAGCUAGGAAGGCAGAUGGGGUGGCUCUGCUCACAUCUGCCUGGAUUUUGGCUCUUUGUUGGCUGUUACUUGGGACCGGACUGGACUGGACUGUCCCUGGGGUCUACGUCUGGCAGAGCCCCAUCUCUGUUAGGCUGGCUGGCUGGUGGCCUUGCCACUCCCAGACCGGGCCCACACAUGCAGUCCUCACCAGGCAUCCAACUCCACAUCCAGGGCGUCCACCAGGACACAGGGAGGACAAGGCCUCCAGUCCCUGGUCCAGUCCUGCCCCGGCAGCCCACACUGUCCUUCCGGCCCACUACUGUUGCAGUGCAGAGCGCACUGCGCCCCGGAGACCAAGAAGGGUGCCUGCAGGCCGGAGGGGGCUCUGUUCCUGCCCACAUCUGCGCACUCGAACUGCCCUGCCCUGGGAGGUGGAGCUGCUCUGUAACUCACCUGGCUCACAUCCCACACUCAUGGUCCCGGCCACCUCCCAUCUCCUCCCCCUCAUCAUGUGACAGGAUAAUGUGCAAGGAAAGUAUUUUUAUGUAUCAUAAGUAUAUUUUGAAACAGGUGAGAAGGAAAAGAAAGGUAGAAUGCUCCUUUAUUUUAUGAAGCGAGCGCUGACCUCGCGACAGGGCGUGAGCGUUUGCAGGGUUAGAGGCCUGGGCUUCCGGGAGAAGCCUCUGGUUUCCAGAUGCGGGUGUCGGGCCGUGGCUGCGUGCAUGGGUGUGCCAUGCACACGCGGCACCAGCCGUCCGUGUCGGUGUCCGUGUGCGUGAUGGUGGCCAGGUGCACUGUGGGAACUGCUGGGGCAAUUCCUACAGGUCCAGCUGUACCUUCUAACCAACAUGGGCAGCUGCUGGACUUGGCCUCUCCUUUGCUCACUGCCAGGUGUGCCCAACAUCUGCCCGUGCCCAAAGCUCUGCAGAAUGAUCUGGAUCCCUGUAGCGAGGCCAUUUUCCCGUGCCCUCGGCCCGGCUGGUCACAUUGGCCAAAGAGCCAGGGCUGGAGCCUGGGGCCUUUCUUUGGCUGUUCUUUAAGGCCCCUCCGGCUGCCCUUCCCCUCAGAUGCACAAACCCUUUGUGCUCCGAAUCACUUGGGGUGGGGGGAGGGGAGGGGAUGCUAUGAAUGUCACAGGAGGCGACACCUUCUGUCUUUGUUUCAAAGAAAGUGAUGUGCCAUUUGUUAAUAUACAAGAGAAAUAUUGAAAAUAUAUUGAAAAGAGCAAUUUUAAAUUAUUUUUGGCUUAUGUUGCAAUAUUUAUUUUCUUGUAUUAGGAAAGAUUCCUUUGUAGAGAAAAAAAAAUGUAUUUUUCAUUACCGCAAAGACCUAUUUCUCCUUUUUGUACAUUGUCCAUGUUCAUGACCCUUAAUGAGCAAUAGAAUGUAUGGUCGCCUCGGUGUGGCCAGUGCCCGCUGUGCCCUGCAUGAUUCUGUGUUGCCGCUGCUGCAUAGCUCCCAGCCCCAUCCUGUCCUGCACACUCAUGGGGGCUUCCAGUCCCUGGGCCCCGCCGGGGCCUGUGUCCUAAGGAGCCCUCUGCACUCCUCGUGUGUUGGCAAACGCAGUUAAUAAAGCAAUGUUUUCUGUG